AUAAAACGGAAAGAGAACUGCCCGUGGUAGUAAAGCUCUCAGGAGGGUAACACAACAUCACACCGCGCAGUGCCAGCGCUUGGAUUUGACGUUUUGUAGAAAUUAAACCACCGUCUGACCGUGACCAGUCCCCGUCGGAGGAGGAAAAUGGUCACAAUGGACGAACUUUGCGAAAUGGACUGCAGCGUUUUGAAGAGGCUGAUGAAGGACGACGGAGCGAAAUGUCUGCUUCUGGAUUGCAGGUCGUUUCUGGCGUUCAGCGCCGGACAUCUCCGCGGUGCCGUUAAUAUUCGCUGUAACACGAUCGUUCGGAGGCGAGCGAAAGGCUCCGUGAGUUUGGACCAGAUUUUGUCUGGGGACGAUGAAGCGAGAAGCCGCUUGAAAUCGGGGCUUUACUCCGCCGUGAUCCUGUACGACGAGCGGAGCUCCGAUACAAACACCAUGAAAGACGACAGCACAAUUACACUGGUACACAACGCGCUGUGUAGGGAUACUUUUAGCACGGAAGUCUAUCUGCUGAAAGGGGGCUAUGACAGAUUUUCCACACAAUAUCCAGACUACUGUUUGAAAACCAGAACACUCUCCGUGUCCAGUUCUCAGUCCAGUAUAGAGAGCAGCUGCCUGUCCUGCGCGACUCCUCAACACGACCAGGGUGGUCCCGUGGAAAUCCUCCCCUUUUUGUUCCUUGGCAGUGCUCUCCAUGCGUCUAAAAAGGAUAUGCUGGAUCGUAUGGGCAUUUCUGCCCUUUUGAAUGUAUCUUCAAACUGUCCCAAUCAUUUCGAAGGAGACUAUCAGUACAAGUGUAUCCCGGUGGAAGACAACCAUAAAGAGGACAUCAGCUCCUGGUUUAUCGAAGCCAUCGAAUUCAUAGACUCCGUCAAGGAUUCCAACGGUCGCGUUCUGGUCCACUGUCAGGCUGGCAUCUCUCGCUCUGCCACCAUCUGCCUGGCGUACCUGAUGAAAAAGAAGCGGGUGCGUCUGGAGGAGGCCUUCGAGUUUGUCAAGCAGCGGCGCAGCAUCAUCUCCCCAAACUUCAGCUUUAUGGGUCAACUCCUGCAGUUCGAGUCUCAGGUGCUCGCAACGUCCUGCUCCGUUGAGGCCGCCAGUCCUUCCGCCAGCCUUGGCCCAAAGUCUUCCUCUACCCCGACAUCACCCUUCAUCUUCAGCUUCCCAAUGUCAGUGGUGACCCACAACCAGCCCGGCAGCCUCACAUACUUACAGAGUCCCAUCACAACCUCGCCGAGCUGCUGAUACACAAUGAAACUCUAAAUAAUUUAAAAACUGCACAUGCACACUAGUAAGGGCGCGUUUCUUUUGACGUACUUCACUCGGCACAAUCACGCAGAAGAUCCAUCUUAGAGGAAAACUUUUUUUUUUUUUGGAAAUAGGCACAUUUUACAAGUCCCAAAGAGUUUCACAGUUGAGUUUUACUAUUCGGCCAAUCUCUGAGUCUGGAAAGAACACUUUUAACUUAGCUUAACAUAAAUCAUAGAAUCAGAUUGGACCAUUAGCAUCUCGCUCAAUUUCAAAAAAGUGAAAGUUGCUAUUUUCUACUUGGAUUAAUCUGAAGAGUCAAGCAGUAAAUAGGAAAAUCACCUCAACCAAAGUUUUUUUUUUAAUCAAAUUUAGAUGCCAAAGGUCUAAUCUGAUUCAAUUAUUUAUGCUAAGCUAAGCUAAAAGCACUAAAUGGAUUCAAAAAUCGUAAAACUCAACUGUUCAACUCUAGGUGACUUCUAAAAUGAGCCUUUUCCAAAAUAAAGUAGAGUGUUCCUUUAAUAUCA